GACGACGAGACCCUCCUGAAGGAGUUCUUCGCGGAUGUCUCCGAUGCGUCGAGGGACGCCGAAGUUGAACGGAUCCUGGCGUGUUUUAAGCUCAACCCCUACGAGCAUCUCAACGUGAGGUUUGACGCCGGCGAGGAUACAAUCAAGCGAGCGUUCCGCAAGGUCAGCCUGUUGGUUCACCCGGAUAAGUGCAAGCAUCCGAGCGCUAAGGCGGCGUUUGACGCUAUCGGUCAGGCUCAGACGCUGCUGGGGAAGGAGGAGGUGAAGAGGGAGCUGGACUUCAACCUCACCCGAGCAAAGGAGUCGGUGAUCAAGGCGUGGAGGAAGGAGACCCGCAACGAUGUGGUGCUGAGGGUUAGGUACAACGGAGACAGGGACGCGCAGCUCGCCGACUUUUUGGAGAGCGAUGAGUUCCACGAGCGGUGGAAGCUGGAGGGUAGGAAAAACAUCGUAGACUUAGAGUGGCGGCGGCGCAAGCUCACCCUUCGCAUCGCAGCAGAGGAGGAACGCGUGGAGAAGGAGGAGAAGGAGGAGGCGGCCGAGCGCAAGAAGCAGUCAAAGGCUCAGAAGAACUGGGACGAGGAGAAAGCGCGGGAGGGUCGCGUCGGCGGUUGGAGGGACUUCACCAGCAAGAAAAAGGCGAAACGGCAGAAGGUGGCUGGCGAGUUCAAGGCACCCACGCUCAAAAAGGAA